CUCCUCCCCUCCGCCCUCCCAUCCCCCGUCACCACCACCAUCGGCGUCACCUACUCCCCCGCCAACUCCACCGCCGCCCCGGACCGCGUCGCCGCCGCCGUCUCCGCCCUCAGGAUCCCCUCCGUCCGCCUCCUCGACCCCACCCCGCGGCUCCUCCGGGCCUUCCUCUACUCCAACACCUCCCUCCUCCUCUCCGUCCCCAACGCCCUCGUCCCCUCCCUCGCCGCCAACCGCUCCGUCGCCCUCUCCUGGCUCUACCGCCACGUCGUCCCCUUCUACCCCCGCGCCCGGGUCUCGGCGAUCUCCGUCGGCAGCAACAUCCUCGAGUCGCACCCCAACUACGCCGGCCUCCUCGUCCCCGCCCUCCGCAAUCUCCAGUCCGCGCUCCGAGACCUCGGCAUCCGCGACGUCGCCGUCUCCACCACCUUCUCCUUCGUCAAUGUGAUGACGACCACGUUCCCGCCGUCCGCGGCCCAGUUCCAGGAGCCCUUCGCGGAGGCCCUGAUGAAGCCCCUGCUUGACUUCCUGAAGGACACCAACUCUUCUUUCAUGGUGAACAUCUACCCUUACAAUCUCUACCGGCUUCGCUGUGAGAUUCCGCUGGGGUUCGCUCUUUUCCAGGAGCAGCCCUUCAUGUACCGGGACGACUUGACGACCGGGGUCCGGUACCGAAAUCUCUUCGACAUGAUGGUCGACGCGGUGGUCACGGCCAUGGCGGUCGCGGGGCACGAGAACAUCCCGGUGAUUGUGGCCGAGACAGGGUGGCCAAACUCGAGCCCCGAUGCAGCAGAGAUCGACGCCAACGAGCACUACUCCGAAAUGUACGUGAAGGGCCUGCUGGGGCACUUGAGGUCGGGGCAAGGGACGCCAUUGAGGAAGGAAGGCGUUGCGGAGGCUUACGUUUACGAGCUGGUCGAUGAGGAAGCAAAAGAGACGACGAGCAGCCAAGCUCGCGCGAGGAACUGGGGGAUCUUGUACGCGAAUUUGAGCGAGAAGUAUGAGGUCCAGUUCUCUUGUGCCGCCCGCUAUUGUGAGUCGUUGGAGGAGCUGUUGAUUGGGUUCGUGUUGAUGCUGCUGAUUCUGGUCUGGUUGAUAUGGUAUAUACCGAAUUCCCCAUGGUGAUUCCGUUUCGAUUGGGGUUUGAUUUCGUUCUUGCUCUUUCUCUUCGAUGGAGCGCGUCCCUCUCGAAGAAGAUGAUUUCUUCACGUCCGCGUUCUGGGUUUGAAUCUUUGAUCGUCUAAAGCA